CAAUAAUGGCUCGACGCCAGAAAUUAGUUUGCAAUGCCUGUCGCCAGCGCAAAAGUAGAUGCGAUGGGAGCACCCCAUCGUGCUCCAAUUGUACCGCCACCGGCCGCCAAUGUCACUACGACAAGGCGCCAUCGUUGGCAUACGUGCGCGCAUUGCAGGAGCGCAUCCAAUUGCUAGAAAGCCGGCAAACGGUACCUAAAGAAGGAUCCGUACCGCUGAAUUUUGCCGGACAAGACGAGGAAUCCAUCAGUGUGGAUGCGCGGGGUGACUUGAGCUACCAUAAUCUGACUUCCGCCAUCCACGAAACUCCGUCUGAGAAGGAGUCUGCUUCAACAAUAGGGGCACCACCGUCAUCUUCGAGCUUGUCGGCAAUAACAGCCACAGCGACGCCGCCGGGAACGGAGCAGGUGAACGGAGCAGAAAUUCGACGGGCUUUGGUAGCGCACGCGACGGCGCAAAGGCAGCAAGAGGAUCAGCACCUGGAUCUCAUCGCUAGCCAUACAGAUAUUCCCACUCCACUAGCGAGAACAUUGCUGGAACUGUACUGGUGCUGGCUACAUACUAGUUUUCUCUUUGUUUACCGCCCCACGUUUACCCGGGACAUGCCGUUGUUGGUCGGGCAGGGAAGCCGUUCAUAUUGCUCAGAUACGCUACUGAAAGUGGUUUACGCCCAUAGUUGCCGAUUUGUGCGAGAUCCUGAAAGUACCUGGGAUCUAUUAGGACGCGAUGAGACGUUUCAGCAGUUCGCAGACCGAUUAAUGUCGGAGGCGCAAGUCGCCUUGGCGAUGGAAACGAUCAAUCCUCCAUCGAUUCCGACGAUUCAAGCACUACUGCAGCAAUCAGCGCGCGAUAUGGCUUAUGGACGGUCAUCGCAGGCAUGGUUGUAUUCGGGAAUGGCGUUUCGCAUGGCGAUUGAUUUGGGGAUACACGUGUCAACAGAGCGGCUGCAGCGAUAUGCGCGGUGGUUGUCACCGGAGGACAUUGAAGUGCGGAAGCGACUCUUUUGGAGCCUGUAUGCAUGGGAUAAGCAUAUCAGUCUGUACCUGGGGCGUAUGCCUAACUUUCUGGCGGGAACGGACAGUAUUCCCUUGGAGUUCUUGGAUGAUUACACCGAGACAGAGUCCUGGAAACCAUUUUACGGGUCCGAACGAUUGGACAACAGAGGCGGUUAUCCCCCGACCCCUGGUUAUGUUGUAUCAUGCUUCACAGCUCUGUGCAAAUUGUGCAAGACUCUGAGUCGCUUAAUGUUGGAGUUGUACAGUCCCGGUACUCAGAAAUCAAAAAGGGAAUCUGUUCAGGACUUCCCCAAAAUGGCAGUUUUUGUCGCGAUAAACGAGGAGCUCCAGGCAUGGCGGACUGGAUUACCACCAUUUCUCAAGAUCGACCCUCAGAACAUACCUUCCAUCAGUCCUCCCCAUCACAUCACCUCUCUCAACCUUAUGUACUAUACGACUUUGAUCCUGCUACAUCGGCCACACGUGGCGGGGCAGAGGGACCUGAACACACCCGCUGUGCAGCGCAGCUGGAAAAUCUGCAAGACGGCUAUGCGAGCGAUCCAUGAUAUUCUACAGCUUUAUGUGGGGACAUUUGGGUUUUCGCAUAUCACCUACAUGAAUAGUUACUGUACCUACACGGCGGCUACGACAGCGGUGUAUCAGCUGGAGAUUGACGAUGAGCAGCAAAAGACAAUUGGGCCAACACGGAAUUCCAUUUGGACGGAGCUGAAGUUCCUACUAGAUAUCUUGCAGCGCACUGCUGUAUCAAUGACAGGUCUCAACCGCAGCAUUGACAUUAUCCGCUCACGGCUGAAGAAGAUCCUCGACAGACGAGCGGCUUCACAAUUACAAUCCCUGUUCCCGCCACACCUGAGUUCUGAGCACAUGCCAUCGCAGAUUUCACAGCCUCCUUGUCCUCCAUCUUACUUCCCAUCACCAGAGCCCGCAUUUUCUGAUGCUCGUCCGACAUCAUCCACCACACCUUCUCUUUUUCCUCGACAGUCUCAGUUAAACCCACUAAACUCCGGAUUGAAGAACGAGAACCCACUUAUUCAGGAUAACACAAGCCUUGAAGCAUGGGCCAGCUGGCUGCCUGCAUUCCCAGGACAGGACGUGUCACUGGGGACAGAGUCGCUCUUUGACUGCGAGGCAGGGUUAAGUCCGGAUACGCGAUGUGCGUUGAUGGGGUCGAAUCUUGAUCCGCAUUUGAGUCUUGAUUAUCCGUUGACGGGGGAGGCAAUGGAUGAGUAUAGCCGGUUUACGGAGGGGCUGUAGAUAAUAUCCUUAUGCAUAAUGAAUCACUUGAUGUAUUAUAUAUGGUACUGGUAGAUAGUAAAUAGAUCUAAUGUUUUAUCCCCAAAUCGGAGGGGAUCGGAUACCCC